UAUACUCUCUUUCUCUGCUACCUCUACCUUGCCGGGACCAUCUUCUUCGACUGGAUCCACUUCCUCCUCCAUCGCUGGUCGCGCUCGCAAUGGAGGAUCCUGCGCCAACUCUCUCGCUACCACCAGUAUCACCACCUCUACUACGGGCGUUUGCUCCAGUUCAACCCCAAGUACAGCCGUCGGAACGCACGCAUCGCCCUGCCAUUCGAGCUGUUCUGUCAGAUGCUGGGGACUGUGGUCGGGUGGCUGCUCGCUCGUGUGGUGGCGAUGUCGAUAGAUGCGCGCAUUGAUCGCAGGGGGGUGCUGCUCGUCUUGCUGACCCAGUUGGCGCGUGUUUGGGCUGUCAUUCUUCAUGGGGGAAAAGACUCCAAUCACGUCUCCUACGAGACCAUACCCAAAGACCGGAAUUGGACGUUCGUGGGACCCGAAUAUCACGCUCUGCACCACCAUGAUCCGGACAAGUACAUGGGUUCGGCUGUCAAACUCUUCGACUGGGUGGCAGGGACUGCAUAUUCGCUGCGGGGGAAGGUGGUGAUGGCGGGCGAUGCUGGGGACUUGGGGCCGGCGCUUGAAAAGCAACUCCUCUCCGAAGGCGUCAAAGCCAUACACAACCUGGACAACAACCUACCAAAGAACAGCCCUCAGCGCGACCUGAUGCUUUUGAAGCCCAUGCUGGACGACGCAGACAUUCUCAUUCUCGCUCACAUCAACCCAGCAGAAGCUGGCGAUGAGGAAUCCGACUGCACAUCCACAGUUCGCCUGAUUCAGCACUUCUUGACGCCGAAAGCGAUGAGACGCCGAAAGGUCCUGCCGGAGGUCUGGUACCUGGCCGGCACCACUGAGCUGUCUUUGGUGGGGGGAGAUGUAUUCACCCAGCAGGACUGCAAACCAGCGCAGUCCUCCUUUCUGCCCUACGCGCGCUCCCUCUACAAAUGCUCGCAGGUCACCUAUCGACAUAUCCUACUUCCUGCGUCGGGUGCGUUCGGUGGGAGGCGGAAUGGUUCGUCGGACUGGAUCGCCGGGACGGCUCUCUGGUGGAUACGUCGCGGCGCGCAGUUUAUCCCGGUGACUUGUUCCCCGAGUGUGCUGUUGCAGUUCCUUGAUCUGCUGCUA